CGUUUAUAUAAUAAAUAGGUAUUUUUUCUACUUUAAGUUGGUACUAAAUAAAAUAAUGGCGGUGAAAGCUGAAAGGAGUGAGAGUGAGCAAAAAAUAAAAACACGUCUGUAAAAACUGCUUGUCAAUUACAAAAUAAAUGUGAAGCUACUUUACGCAAAAACAUUCGAUAUUGUGCUUAAAUCGCGUGAAACCGAUGGUGGAAAAAUGCUCCGAAUACAGCGCGCCAGUAAUUCUUCUUUGUCGUAAUUUUUAGAGUUUAUGACCUCUAUUCUGGUUAUUAAAAGUAUGGCUGAAUUAGGCGAUUCGAAGGUUUUCCUUGGCGAUCCGGCCUAUAACGCUCCAAUGCCGACCGAAGAAUCGAUUCCGGAGAACCUGCUACCGGAACCCGUCAAUAACGAUACCGAAUCCGAAAACCUCACUGCUUCUCAGGAACUGAUGAUCGACCAAUUACUCUCCGAAUCGAGCCAUAACAUUGACGGUGAGAUCGAAAAUCAGAAGGAAAUUUCCAACAUCGACAGCGAUUGUCCCAAAGACGAAUUCGCCAGCCCCGUGGAGGAACAGAACGUCGAGAGCCCUACCACCAGAGAAAGCUUUACAUUCAAAUGCAUAUUCUGCGAUCGAGUGCUAAACGCAGCCGACAAUCCCAAGUUGUUAGAAUGCCUCCACAAUUCCUGCUCCAGUUGCAUCGAAAGUAGACUGUACGAAUCCAACGAUUGCACACCAGCUACCAUCGAAUGCCCUAUAUGCAGUAUGGUGUGCAGCCCGCACAACAUCAUCGAGAACCAAUUCCUGCUGGAACUGGCCGGCAACGGCGACGAUUCGACCAAAAACACCGACAUGAAAUGCAGCAAUUGCAGCGACGACGCGACCGCGACCAGUUACUGCGCCGAUUGCACGGAAUUCAUCUGCGACAAUUGCGUGCAGGCGCACCAACGCCUCAAGAUCACCAAAGACCACACGAUCAAGACCAAAGAGGACGGCCUGAUCGAAUUGAAUUCGGCGUCGAGCGGGUCGCCGUCGAAUCUCUUCUGCAUGAACCAUCCGCACGAGAAGCUGUCGUUGUUUUGCGAGACGUGCGACAAGCUGACGUGCAGGGAUUGCCAGUUGAUCGAGCACAGGGAACACAAAUACAAAUUCACCAACGAGAUCGCCUCGGAGGCCAAGAAAUUCAUCGCCGAGAUGCUCAAAGACGUGGGAUACAAGCGAUCGUUGCUCUCUAGCGCUAUGAAGGUGAUCGAUGAUCGACAAAAUAUGAUUACCGAUAAGAAAGGUGCACUGGUUAAUGAAAUUACUCAGUUAGUUGUUAAAUUAACCAAUACUAUUAAUGUUCGUGGGAAACAACUCAUAGCCAAGUUAUCGGAAGUGUGCGAUUCCAAGCAGAAAACUCUGCAAGAGAAAAAGGUUGCGUUGGAACAGCUGUCGAAAAUGACGGAUCAUUGUAUACAAUUCACCCAACACGCUCUAGAUAACGGUAGCGAUAUGGCGUUAUUAUACAGUAAGAAACAGAUGACGGAACAUUUGAAACGGAUAAAAUGCAAACGAGCCGAUAUACCCAACCCCGAAAUACCGGUUAGAAUACAUUUAGCUUUAGACAAAGUACCGGACUUGAUUAAAGUAAUGUCGACAAUCGGGCAAAUCGUCGUAGACGGAAGAGUGUACCCUUCGCAGCCGUCCUCUCCAGCUUCGACGAUUCCACCGCAGGCUUCGACGAGCCCGGGCCAGGUGCGCCCGCCGCAACAACAGUCCCCGAUCGGCCCCCCGCACCAGCUGCCGUCGCCCUCCAACCACCAACAGCACUCGAGGAUGCUCGGCCCGCCGCCGUACUCCCAAUACCCGGGCACCUCGCCCUAUUCGGCCGGCAUGGGCGCGCAAAGCAUGAGCCCCAUGGGGCACCAGAACAUGACGCCGAGCAUGGGGCAAAACUUGCAGGCUUUGGCGGCGCAGAGCCGGAUCCAGGCGAUGGGACCGCCCGGAAUGGGUAACAUUCCGCAAACGAUGGCGAACAGUUUGCAGCAAUUGAACAUGAACAGGAUGCAAAGGCCGCAAACUUUGCAGAGGGCUCUCAUGCCGCGGCUACCGAUGGGUAUUAAUCAGCAGCAACAGCAGGUUUCGUCUUCUACACACCCUCAAGGUAUUAUGGCGGAUCGUAACAAUUUACGCCAUCUUUUACAACCUAAUAAAUCUAAUUGUUCUAAUAAUGGUUACAAUAAUCAUGUGUAUAUUCAAACAGGACCGGGACAAUAUCAGGCCAUCCAGCCGCACUUGGCGCAACAAUUUCAAAACCGAUUUCCAGGGCAACAGCCAAUUAGGUUUCAACAAACGAAUCAAGUAAGAAUGCUCGUACCGUCGCACCAGAGACUCUCUUUGCAACAACAACAACAACAACAACAGCAACAACAACAACCUCAGCAACACCAACAUUUACCGCAAUACCAAGGCAAUAGCGGCGGAUUGGCUAAAUGGCAUACGCCCCAGCAGAGCACCUCAGGACACAACAUGAAUUUGAACCGUAACAUGACCCUUCCGACCAUCAACGACAACUUCAAGAUAACCCUCAGACAACAAACGCCCAACGAUCUGAAUAAAAACCACGCGGGCGCCGUCACCUCGACCAUACCCAAAACGCCGAGUCCCAAUCACGUGCAAGGUAAAUCCGAUACGGAACGGAGCCUGGACAAAUUCUGCGAGGAUUCGGUCAAGGAUUUGAUGGCGACCAUCGCCAAGUUGGACUCGAACGGCGUGCAAGUGCUGGCGGAAGGCAGACAAAAGGGGGGAUCGCCGCACGUGGACAGUUCGACGGGCGAUACGAGCGUAAGUACGAAAAUCAAAUCGGAACUGUCCGAAACCAGUAAAGACGAUCCCAACGAGGAUUGGUGCGCCGUUUGUAUGGAUGGCGGGGAGUUGGUUUGUUGCGAUAAAUGCCCCAAGGUGUUCCAUCAAUAUUGCCAUAUACCUAAUUUGACUGUCGAGGAAAACGACACGUGGCAGUGCCUGUUGUGUAUGAAUUUCUCGGAUAUACCUGAAAAUGUUUUGACGGAACGAAAGGAUGGGGAAUUGAGUGCCAAGGAAAGGAAGAUAGCCGAAAGACUGGUGUUAGAAUUGUAUUGCCAAUACGAUCCCAGUUUACCGUUUAGAGAACUUAUAGGACCAGAGAACGAAGAUUACCACUCUAUUAUUAAAAGGCCGAUAGCUUUAGAUUCGAUAAGGCAAAAGUUAAACUGGAACGCGAACAUUCACUAUAGGAAUAUCGAAGAGCUCAUUCGAGACGUUAGAUUGAUGUUUAAAAACGCCUAUUUGUAUAAUCCUGUCGAUUCGCAAAUUUACAUUGAUGCGAAAACGUUGGAGAAAUUUUUCGACGAGCAAUUGGAAAAGUUUUUGCCGGAAUACGCUUAUGAGAUGUUUGAUGAUGAUGAUGAUGUUCAACCUCCGAAUAAGAGAUUUCGAAGGAUAAUAUCCGACUGACAAAUUGUUCAUGGGGCGAAUAAUACUGUGUAUUUCUCCCUGUAACAAAGGUAAAUUAUAUUUUUGAAUAUACAAAAUUUAUCCAUUGAUUGUAUAUUUUGUAAAGGUUAAGUUUUGUAUAUUGUUUUUGGAUUUAAUGUAUACUUGUAGCCUAUAGGAAUACCAAAUUUUCUCGUUUUUUUUUUUGAAAGUUAAAAACUUAGGUUUAUUUAUUAUAAUACUGUUAGUUUGUUAUAUCAUGUUUUAAUGAUAUAUUAGACCAUUUUUUAGAAUAACAAAUAUAUCCCAUUAUAUUCUUAUUCAUAUUUAUAUACAAAAUAUAAACUCGCAAUAGUGCAUAUCUUCAU